GCCCGAGCUGCGCGGCCGCCGCCGGGGGCGCGUCAGGCGGAAGGGGGCGCACGCUGCAGAGACCGCCCUGGAGGCCGAGCACACCACGUGACUAAGGCGGCCGCGGAGCGCGAGCUCCGCACGUGACCGGGGACUAACCGCCCCGGGGGCGGGGCGUAACGCAGAGCGCGUGCGCGACUGGCGACUCGCCUCCCGGAUGUAAAUCCCGGAGUACGGAGCAAUCUCAAUCAUCGGGAUCCCUGGAGUCUGCGAUUGUGUCCCCCCCACCCCCCUUUAGGCGAGCCUCUGGGAGUCCCCCCCACCACAGUGGAUAGUCCUGGCCUUGCUUUUCUGGGCAGGGGUAACAGGGCUGGGGAGAGGGGCGCUUCGACACGGCCGGUACUGCGGGCUAGGUGACCCAGGCUAGGGCGUCAGGGGUCGGCAGCUAUGCGUAGCCCUCAUGACCUUGAGUGCCCCGGGGCCCGGGCGCCUGAGGGCGGUUGAAGUGUGCCGGGGAAGGACCGGAUCCUUGCGGGGCUGGCACGGGGCACCCCGCGCCGCCAGCCCCGCCCCGUCAGUUGCGUAGCAAGGACCAUCCCCUUGCCCCUCCCCCGGCGGCGUCGGCGUCGGCGUCAUGGACCUGUCCGGGCUUCUGCUGGACGAGGAGGGGGCGUUCUCGCUCGCGGGCUUCCAGGAGUUUACGUUUCUCCCCGGACAUCAGAAACUGAGUGAGCGAGUCAGGAAGCGGCUUUACUAUGGCUGGGACCCAGAUUGUGGCCUAGAAGAACUGUCCAGUCCCGUGGCAGACAUUGCUGUGGAGUUGCUCCAGAAGGCAGCCCCCAGUCCUAUUCGACGGCUCCAGAAGAAAUAUGUGUCUCAUGUGUCCCGGGAGGCAUGUAUCUCUCCAUGUGCCAUGAUGUUAGCCUUAGUUUAUAUUGAACGGCUCCGGCACAGAAACCCUGACUAUUUACAACAUGUGUCAUCUUCUGACCUCUUCCUCAUCUCUAUGAUGGUGGCUAGCAAGUACCUUUAUGAUGAAGGUGAAGAGGAGGAGGUCUUCAAUGAUGAAUGGGGAGCUGCAGGGGGUGUGGCUGUGCCAACCCUCAAUGCACUUGAGAGAGGCUUCCUGAGUGCUAUGGACUGGAGCCUCUACACUGAUCCUCGGGAGAUCUUUGAGGUGCUGAGUUGGCUGGAGGGCUGUGUUGCUGAGCAGCAGGGACGACGACGUGGCUGGUAUACCUACACAGACUUAUGUGUGCUGUUGGAGCAACGAACCUGGCAAUUGGCUUUGGGAUCACUGUGCCAACGUUUAGCCAAGCUGGCUUGCCUGUUAGCUUUGGCUUAUGUGAGCAGUGUAGCUGUGGCUGUGGCCUCAGUGACUGUGCUGCACCAGACCUUAGGACUACAUGGCAUUCCUCCUCCAAGGCUCUCUGAUGUUGGCUGUCUCACCCCCAAGUGCCCACUGGGGCCAUGUUCUCUGCCUGCACCGUCUGUUCCACAGUUCCUACCCCUUUCUGCUAAUACCUCCCAGAAUCUAAUGGGGGAAGUGGGACUGCAUUCACUGUGGGGAAGUCUUCUGGCUACACUGACUACUUCCUUACCUCCACCACCUGUGCCAGGCACUCUGACUUCUCAGCAUUGCCCCCUUUGUCGGCAGCUCCAGUUAGACUCCCCAGCCCACUCGGCCUGUCAGUGUACCAACUCUACAAGCACAAUGAGACCUCUCAGUCCCUGGUAUCCUCCGCCUGGCCAGACUCCACCCUGGCCCUGGAGCCCCGUGGCACCUGUCCUCCCCCAGCCACAGCAGUGCUCCCUGUUUGGUGCUAUGGAACUGGCCCGUCUCAAAUCCUUUAUCUUUCCUGGAUAGAGUCUGCAAGUGUGUCAAGGGAUGUUAGGUUGCCUUGGGGGACUUACAGGACAAAGGUUAUCCAUUAGGAAAGAGGGAAUUUAAAAACUUGGGAUUUAGUGUCUCUUCUUUCCUGGGUUCUUUGUUCUCUGUCCUCUUAGGGGAAAGGUAAAUGGGGUGGUGGCAGCGGGGUGGAAUAUGUUGUCUGUCUUUGUGGCCUUUGUCCUCUCCAGCUGGACUCCGCAGAUUUGGAUUGUGAUGUCACUUGGGGGAAGGCUUGGUCCUGGUGACCCGUGUAAUGUCACAUGUAGUAGGUCAUGGGAGGGCUCUGCCACUUCUCUGAAGCUUUCUAGAGUUGAUAAUUUUUGCUUUUGUUUCUUAAGAUGAGUGGGCAAGUAGGAGAGUGGGGGACAAGUUAAGGCUGGUCUGUGUGAAGUCCCUAGAGCUUGAGUGCCAGGGGAUGAUAGGACCAGGGAGUCAGAAGGUGCUUUGGAAUAACAUCAGGAGAGGUGGUGGAAAAAGCCCUUUUUGAGUCAAAACUCCAGGGCCUUUGGUCUUUUUCCUCCAGGGCUCCCUGUCCAUCCAGUUUACUCUUUGUUGGUACCUUUCUCCUGUGUCUUCUUUCCUCAGGUCUCUAGCCCCCUGGUUUGUACUUGUUUUUUUUCCAUACUUUUAUAGAAGAAUUUGAAGUUUCAAUAAAGAGUUUAAGUUGCA